AUGGAACCACAGAUCUAUCGAAUCCGCCCCGAAUCCCCUUUCAGCGCGGAAUAUCCUCUAUCGGAAUGCGAUCGACAGGUUCCUGUGCGAUUCAUUCGCAAAGCAUUCAUCUAUGCUGCGGAUGAGGAUAUCUCAUCUACAUCCAAAGACGGCAAAAAUCUUAUACGAAAACUCCAAGAAAGCUUGAAAUUGCAGAUUCAAGAUCUUAACCCAGAUACCUUUACUUAUCCGCAGCUACUGGGCCGUGUUAUCUCACCUGCUGAUGGGAGAACCUCAUAUGUCAGAGUCGAAGAAUCGUCUGCUAUCCAAUUGAAAGUGAUAGAUAAAUUGGAUAUUGACUUUCGGAAUCUUCAUCGAAAUGGAAGGUUCCCUUUGGAAACUAUUACCACUGGCGUAUUCGGAGAAGGGCUUGAGAAAGAAGACCUAAUUGAGUGGCCAGGCGGGCCACCAAACCUGGCCAUUCAGCUGACUUUUGUUCGUGGUGGUUUCGUCCUUUUGCUCGCAUUUGAUCAUCGAAUUUGCGAUGGCUAUGCGGCCGGUGGAUUUGUUAAACGUUGGUUUCGUCAAGCUAGGCUCGGAUCAGCCGCAGAUCUUGAUCCUGAAGAAGGAUCGAUAUCUACAUUUGCUAUCCAUGAUAAGACCGUGCUUAGCCAAACAGAACUGGAAGGGAGUGAGCAGGCUGCCCAAAAGAUGAGGGCUCUAUACGAAAACUCCCUACCAUCAAAACUGGCCCCGAAGAAAUUGUUUCAAACAUCAACAGAGACAAUGUCAAAAGUUUUCUGGAUUCCGGCACCCAAGAUUAAAGAAUUAAGAUCCGCUGUAGGAAAGAGCUCCUCUCUGACACCAACCAUUUAUGAGUCCAUUCUCAUUCUUCUGUGGCGCAGCAUCAUUCGUAACCGGGCAACACCUGAAACCGAAUCAGCAUCUACGAUGAGCAAAGCGGCGAUAGUUAUGUGUAUGCGCAAACGUCUAGACCCUCCGCUCCCAAAGGACUAUUUUGGAAAUGCCGUCGCGGGAAUAUUCGCUAUGCAGCCGCUUUCCCAUUUCAGGGAAAAGGACUUUAUUCCGAGAGCAAUUGAAGAAGUACAGGAAGCGAAGAAACUCGAUGGGACGGGAUUCAAUUUGCAGGUGACCAGCUUAUUGGUGGGAGAGCAACUGCGAAAGUUUGGUAUUGGCCCACCUAUAAAUCUUCUGGGGUCUGAUGUCAUCUUUAAUUCUUGGGAGCAUAUUUACUCGAGCAUCGAAGAUUUGGACUUGGGUAUUGGCCAAUUCUGCACGAUGCGGUUUUUGAUGGAUAACCCAGUCAGCCCUUCCUACAUAUGCACCCUUCCAACCUAUGGCAGGAGAUCAGUUGAUGUCAAGGAUGGCGCAUCUUGUCAGUAUCCCGGCGGUAUAGAAUUACAGGUUAACCUUGUAGAGAAUGAGAUGGCUCUACUGGAGAAAGACGAAGAAUGGUCGAAAUAUGCUGUUGUUGUUUAA